CAACUCCGCCGACGCUUUUUCCACAGCUCCUUUUUUCAACAUUGCUUUUGCCAAUGGCAAAACCACACACACCCAACUGACCUGAGACUUUGUGGGAUAACUAAAACAGAACUCCUCAACCACGCCAACCCUCAAACAACGUGCUACUAGGAAAACCUUUGGACCUCUGGAUUCUACGUAACGGCUCUUCCCAUUCUCAAUGCACAAAGAUGCGGACCAGGACGCAAACUGCCGAGUUGCUGUGUAAGGCUGAGGAUGACCGGAAAGACUAUGUGUACUGUGAUAUCUGGAAUACAGCAGCGGAUAAGCCCUGCUCCAAAGCUCGAGUGCAACGCCGUCGUGUUGAAGCAAAGGGCAUUCACCGCCAAUUCACGCUGUUGAGCACGGAUAUGCGCUCCUGGCUUGGAAGUUCCAACGGUAGUUUCUGUUUGCGGGCUCCCACGGGUGACCUUCCCAAUACCGUCAAGCUGUAUGGAUGCAAAACAUGCAUGAAGGCAGUGAGAGCAGAGAGACAGCGCAGGGUAGCCAGUGACAGGCCUUCUGCCAGUGACAAUGAGGACGGCACUCUUCCCCCCAGCGGUGACAGCACUCCUCCCCCCAGCAGCGAUGCUGCCAACCUGCCCCCGCCCACUGUGCGCACUCAGUCUCACAUUGAUAUCUGCCUCCCAAAGCGACUCAUGCACCCGCUUCAGUCGAAGUUUCAAGGUGUUGCCCCUCCUGACGCCGAAGCUCGCCGCAGCCGGUCCCGCACAACAUCUGGUGUCCUCGAGGCUUCAUCAGCAAAGCCGUGGAACAAACUGGAGAUGUUGUUUUUCCUCGGACUCACGGAUGAGGUUGAAGAUGAAGAUGAGGGGGAUGACAGGAUUGACGAACCAACGACGCCGGGGCCUGAGGGGAGGACCUACGCAGCAAAGCUGCAGAUGCUCAUGGAGAACCCCCUUGAGGACGAGCACGGGCGCUUCUUUUCCCUAUCGGAAACAUGGAACGGUUUAUUGAUCAUAUGAAUACCACAUGCGAU